GCAGGUAUAUUCCUUAUCGAACGAGGAAUUUUAAGCUUGUUUAAGCUUCCGAUUCGUUGCAUUGGCCUCUGCAGGAACAGGGUCCUAAGAUGGCGAAUAGUGGCGAGACACAAAAACAUCGUUCGCCGGUGAAUAUUAUCUCAGUGGACAUUGGCACCACAACGAUUUCGUGUCAUCAUCUCGAUCAGUCUGGGAUCUCUGUUUACCAAACAUCGAGAAAGGUCAGGAAAAUAGUAGCUCAUUCACGAUUAGAUUUCACUUUACAAAGUCGGCGUAAGCAUAAUUUGUGUUUGUCAACGUUUCUCUCUUUUAAGGAAGCUCAGAUGAAGAAUUUUCAGUCUCUGAAAGAUUCUUGCUCUUUCGAUCCAAAUUCAUGCCCAAACUACCAAGGCCUAACUUUUUUGAUUACCCAGCUGAUCGGGUCGAAGAAAUCAGUGAAGAAAUUGGCACAAUUUAAACCGUACAGUUAGUUACGAUGCUUGAUCAGUUAAAAUUUUGUGCUAUUAAAACUGAAAUGACAUUGAAGUACAUGUAAGCUUAUACAAAAAGCUUGUUUCUCUUUCUAGUAGUUUGCUCAUUAAUUUCUCAGAAUUCAGUCAGACUGAUUCUUCAAAGGAAGUGUUCAAAUGAACGGUGACAACUAGAGGAAGUUUAAUAGGAAAUUUAGUAGCUUAGUGACUGACGUCUUCUGUUCGCAAUGGGGCAUAUCGCAGUCGACUUUCUUGAUAUUGGCUGUAUUGGUCAGUAAGUAGAUCUAUGUAGCGGUUAUUUUAUGCAAAUAUUCAAACAAGGAAAAAACAAGAUGUGUCCUAAAUAUAUGCCAUUAAUAUUUUAUAAACUAAGAUGUGUUUCUAUAAAUGGGACUGAUGUCUUGACCUUUUGAAGAUGCUUUUUGCCAAUUCAAGUUGUCUUAUAAUUGAGCUCAUAGUCAUUCUUUCAAAGAGAGUUUUUUUCAAUAUUCAGAGUUUUAUUUUAUUAGCUUUAUCAGAAAAUGAUAAGCAUAUGCUAGUGAGUAAUGAGGCAGAAAAUACAAAGAUUUGCCUAUAGGUGGUGGACUAGAGAUGCCUACAUUAAGUAUACAAGUGAGGGAAGGGGUGAGGGUCUGGGAUAUGGAAAAAAGGGCCCACCAUUUUACUGGUGUAAAAUUUAAUGUUGUGCCUAUGAGGCGUGGAGGGUUCAAGCAGUGUUACAUUUAAGGGGUUCCCGGGCUUCCUCUCCCUCCACUUUACUAUUUGUAUAAGAGUUAUCACAGAGUUAUGGCUGGGGAUGAAAAUCUUCCCUUGCUCUCAUGAACAUUCACAUUGACUAGAAUAUUGACAAAAUUGCCAGUGGCAUCUCUGCUUGGAAACACCUGGGCUUCCGGUGGCUUGUUAACCUUCUGUCACCAAUAAUAUUGGAAAGUGAGAAUCCUAGGAAAAAUGCAAAGAAAAUAAAAAUAAUUCUUUUAAUUACAUGCUGCAAACACAUGCCUUGGGAGUUGCUUCUUGAGUGACAACUGUAAGACCCCUUCCCUCUUAAAAAUGGAUAGGUACACCUCUUUCAGUCAUUAUCUAUGCAGUGUCCUAAAUCUGCUUAUGUAUACCUUCCUUGUCUUUGCAUGACCUAUCCUAGUCAACAUCAGUCUCUUUUACUAUUAAAUAUUACUUUCUUUCUUAUGAUAAUACGUUGUUUAAAUUAACUAAGUUAUUUAAAUAUUGCUAACAGGUUGAACUCCUCCAUCCCCAGCCUGGAUGGGUUGAGAUUGACCCCCAAGUGUUAUGGGAACAGUUUGUUGAUGUUAUAACAGAAGUCUUGGAAGGUAUGCAGGCAGGGUAAUAUUGUAAAUUAUUGCCAGUGGUUUUUAAAAACUUGGGCUUUUUAUAUUGCUAAUCUUUCUUGAUAAAAUGUUUGGGAUCAGUAUACAUGUAAGAUUCUUGGAAACUGCCCACCUACCCCUCCCCUAACCCAACAUUUUACCCUUAGUGAGAGAGCAGUUUUUUUUAGAUUCUGGGAAACUGCUCAUCACCUACCUCUCCCUUAACCCAAUCUUUGCCCGGCCCUCAUCCCAUUUAAGUUAGAAAUAAUUUAGUGUAAACAUUGGUUUAGGGGUAUGUGGUUAUGUAGGUGUGCAUUUCCUCAGACAUUUUACUAGAUGAUUCACAAUAUUAAUGAUUUUCAAAGAUACAUGGAGAUACAUGUAACUGACUCAUUUUUUGUGGUUACAGCAUCAAAUCUUCGUGCAGAGGAUGUCACAGCCCUAGGUAUUUCCACCAUGAGAGGCACUUUUAUAACAUGGGACAGGUAACAUUAAUACUAGUAUUCUUUUUAACUUUAUCAAUCUCUCUUGCAUAAGCAGUGAGACUCUAAUCUGCGAGCUGCCCUUUUUCUUCUUCAUAUUAAGGACACAAAAGGGCGGUUGGGGUCCCAGAUAUUCCUAGUGGAGACCGUCGAAACUGGGAAUAAGAAUCGUUGCGUGACCAAAGCCACACAUGUUUUGCGAAGAAAGCUUAGGAAAGAAUAAUAAAUGUGAUUUUAGAGCUUUUCCUGAACUGCGGUCGGUCCACGAAUUCUAUCACUUGAAAGAGUUUUUUAAUAACUUUGGAACAAGUGAACCUUUCACUGGUUGAAAAAAAAAAGAACAAGAAGAAUUCUUUUAUUAAUCUUAAUAAGCAAAGGCUAUAACUGGUGUAAAUAGUAUUGUAUGCAAAUGAGCCUUGUGAUGAGCAUGCAGUUUAUUUUUGGCGAUGAUUGAAAUGAUGUGCCAUGUUCUCAUCAUGGUGUAAUUUCUCUCGAAUCGAGGCCCUUGAAUUUUCGUCUAAUAAUUAUACACGUGUAUCAAUCCUGUGACCGCGAACGUAUCUCUGAUCGUUGCCAACACACAUACUAAAUCAAGUUGGAAACAAAUCUUCAAAUGCGAUAUAAAAGGUAAAUAUAAGAAUACUCGACCAUUGAUAAAGUAGGAUGUGAAAAACCUUUAGUGGGUAUAUCCUGUUUCGUCUGAAAUUAAUCGCCUCCACAUUUCUUAUGUAAUCUUCAAGCACACAAGCAAGACUAAACGCUAGACUGUUCUUGUUUACCAUCAAAUGUAUUUAAAAGUUUAGAUAUUUUAUUGUCUAUAUUUCACAUACAUGAACAGUUGGCCCCCUCCAUGGUUUUUUCAACUUGUGACAUGGACCAGUUAGGGAAAAUCCGCCGACACCUCUGGAAAAAGCGCCUUAAAAUGAGUUACAAUUGCCAAGUUUGAAAGUGAUAUGUCUUAGGUGAGCGAAGAUGUAGGUCCACAAAGUUGCGAAAAUUUACAGAUGUUUGUAUGGUGGAGCGCAAGUUUCUGCCCCCACCAUAUACAAACAUCUGUCAAAUUUUGCAACUUUGAGGAGCUUAUAUCUUUGUUAGUUUUCAACACUUAACUUUUCCAGCAGAUUUGAUGGAUUUUCUCUAAUUUGUCCAUGCCAAAAGUUGAAAAAAACGUGGAAAGUCUGUUAUUAUGUAUAGUGAUAGUCAUUCCUUUUUUUAUAAUUGUUCCUUUUUUAGGCAAACUGGCCAGCCAUAUCACAACUUCAUCACCUGGCAAGACUUAAGGUCACAUAAUUAUGUUGAGAGCUGGAAUAAAUCACUUACCCUUAAGGUCAGAGAGAGGAUCUUAACUUAUUAUUGACAGUUAAUGUAAUUUAAUUAUGUUGAGAAAUGGAAUAAAUCACUUUUAUUUAACAACAUGAACGCAUGUUGGAUAUGAGAUGGUAAAUAGCCAAUGAGGCAUGUAGUGCUGAGUUGGCUUUUUACCAUGUGAUAUCGUGACUUCAUUUGUCAUUGCCGGUAUGGCAUUUUCCAGUAUUUAUUAUAAUUCAUUGUUAGAAAGCUCACAAAAUCUAUUUUUUCCAUCAUUUUGUCCUAAAGAAAGUAAAUGAUUUGCUUCCUGCAGGAAAUUUUCGCUUGGCAACACUUAGCAUAAUUUUUUCCCAUAUAAGGUCAAACUAAGGUAUAAGAGCUGAUAAUAACCGAGAUUGAAUGAACCAAUCAGAAUACUAGAAAUGCAUUAUCCAAGGCUGAAAAUUUAAUAAUACCUGCAUACUCAAAGUCAGGCAUGUCUAAUGCACCUAAAAAAAUGUUUUCAGCAAAUUUUUCUAGCCUUGGGUAAAUUGACUAGGUAAAUGUAUGGCUUUAAUGUUUAAAGAAACAAAUACAGAACUUCCCUUUUUAUAUAUGAAUGAUAACUGGUUGCUGUGCAAAAACAAAGCUUGUUUUGACUGACUUGCUAUUCUAACCAGAGAUCAGGCCAAAUUUGAGCGGUUCUCAUACAUUCUCUCUAACAGCUACCGCUGAAACUGGGCCUCUCUUUUCAUUUCGCCAUGCCGGCCGGAAUGUUAUUUACAAAGCGAAACUAAAAUAGAGCCUGAUCUCAGGUUAUUGCUGUUCCAGGUAAAAAAUGUUAAAUGUCAUAAGCCCUUUUUCCACCCAGCAAUAUCAUAAAAAUUGUAGUUAUAGUUAGUUUAAAAAGGUUCAUUAACCCAUUUGCCCCUGGAAAUUUUUCCGAAAAACGUGUUUGAAGCUAGUCCAGCAGUUUUCUGCUCACUGUCGUGCUAUAAAGAGCUAUGGUGUCCUUGACUGAAUUGUGCUCAUUAUGGUAUGGUUUGAAAGAUCUCUUCACUCUGCUGCACAAGGUAGCAGACAAAGUUUUCCUUGACCAUUAAAACUGAUGACAUCACAAGCAGUAGAAGGGAUGUGGAUUUGCAUGGGUGGUUACGGGCGGCUCAGGGGCAAAUGGGCUAAAAAUGUUAAUACCCUCUGCAAAUUAUUACUUACAGAAAAUUUCCUAUUGUGUGAAGAUAUGAGCUCACAUGCCUCUCUGUUUGUUUCAGAGUCUGAAUGUUGGUUCUAAAUUUCUUCACAUGAUUUCAAGACAAAAGAAAUACCUUGCUGGAAGUGUAAUUAGUUUUUCAACACAGCAUGUAAGUGACUUCCAGUCUAUAAAAGUGGAUCCUAAUUGAAUGUUGUUUCACCUGUGGUAUAUGUAUUCUUUGAACAGGCUGUCACGUGUGAAGCUUUCUUUCAUUAAAUUAAAAAGAGAUCUCAGUCAUGGCUUAGUUUUUAACAUUUUUAGUUGACAGAACUCAAGAUAAUUGAAUGUUAUUAAUUUAACUUCUUUUUGUUACAUUUUUAGACAUCAAUAAGACUCCAUUGGUUACUAAAAAGUCGUCCUGAAGUAAGUGUUUGCAUGCAGUAUUAUAUAUUAUCGUACAGCAUUGGCUGGGUUCAUAAUUAUGAUGGUUUUUUUUUUUUCAGGGGAUUAUGGACAGGGCAUGAUGUCAGGCUAGGGUUCAUAUUUCAUCUUAUCUUCUUGUGUAUUCAAUUAUGUCUUAUGCAACAUUUAAAGUAAAAUAAAAAAACAUGUUGUUUUAUUUUUAACCCCUACAUAUAAGCUUGUGGGGUUGGGUGCCCUGUUGCCCUGCAUUGAAAAUGCAAAUCCAAACCCACAGCAAAAUGAUUAUUACCUCACUUGCCUGCCACACUGGCAACCCAGCCAUGGGUCCCUCAUACCCCUUCUUAUCCUACAACGCAUAACAAGGAAGCCAAACUUGCUCCUCACUUCAUAAACAUCUGCAAACAUCUAAAUAAACGAUUGCUGCCCUGUGUAGCAAUAUCUUCAUUAGUUUCUGCCUCAACUAGUCAAAAGAGGAAAAAAAACUGUGGAAGGGACAAUUUAUUUAUCAACACCUUCUUCCUUUCAGCUGGCUAAAAAGGCAGAUGUUGGUGUGCUGGCAUUUGGUACUAUUGACUCCUGGUUAGUCUGGAAACUUACAAGAGGUAAGUAAUUAAAAUGCUUUACAAGUGUAAAUGUAGGAUGACAAGUGACGCCAACCCAAAAGGAAAGUAGAACGGUAGAUACAUGUACAUUAAUUUGAAAUUCAGAUGCCUGUUUGUAUAUCUCUCAUUGUGACAUGAAGAAGAGAAAGAUAAUUCCACUGUUCACAUGUAACGGGGUGCUAAGAAAAUUAAAUUUCCAGCUUGCGUGGCAGGCAUUUUAUAGGGAAGAGGAAAGGAGAAGUGCGAAAGGCGCGUUAGGAGAAAAACUUUCUUUGCACAAUGAUAAAAAGGUCUGGGUAAGGUGUGCAGAAACCUAGGAGGCCUUAUGGAGAGACUUUAACUUGAAUUUUGUAGCUUGACGAACUUAGUAGUAUUAUCGCAUCCCCCCCCCCCCUUAAACCCCUGGAUGGGAUGCUAGUCCAUCCGGGUUUACCCCAGCGGUAUGUCGCUAGUACCCCUUUACCUACCCAAUAAAGCGUGCAGGGCACAAGAAAGGGGGGGGGGGGGGAGAGGAAAAGGAGGAGGAAUCCCUUUCCUCCCUUUUUCCGUCGAAGCCUGCCACGACUGACUGAUAUCCCGGCAGUUCAUGCGUUGGAUAGCACUAUCCACCAGACAAACCUCUACCCAGUGGAUUAGUAGUAUAGAAACCAAUUACAUGAUCCACUUAAUACAGGUUUCGUGAAUAGCGUUACCCACCUUUCAAACAACUGGGCCCCGGGUAAAGAGAGAUGUAGUAGCAAACUCUCCUGUGAAGGGUAACAACUUAACGCCAAGGCUUGAAUACGGACCUUUAAAUGUGAUGUUUGAGGUAUUAACCCGUUAUCAGUCACUACGCCUUUACUUUUGCAUAUCGAAUGUGAUGCACAACAGGUACAAAUACGCGUAGAAACUAGAUAAAUUAUUCAUCUUCCGUUGUGACUGAUAUCUUGUGUAAUGAUUGUUUUUCCAAAGGACAGCUUCACGUCACAGAUUACUCCAAUGCAAGCAGCACAGGAAUGUUUGAUCCUUUCGUUGUGAGUGAUAAUUUUAUAGUUUUUGGACACUAGACACGGUGAAAACAGUGAAACCUGUAUUCACUGCUUAUUAAUUUAGCGGACUCCAUAUUAAGUGGACAUCCUUUUUUAAGCGGACGAAUAGCUCAGAAUGUGUCAACGUUUCUUCCCAUAGUUUUCAGUAAAAGGACACCUCUAUUAAGCGGACAGCAGAAAAGGUGCCGUGGGUUCCCGCCUAAAACAGGUUUCACUGUAUGACUUAAAGAACGGUUGGCUAAAAUGUCACUUACAAAGUUACCCUGCUAGCAGAGGCUACAUUUCCGCCCGCCAGCUCAUACCGCGAAAAUGUAGCCUCUGCUCGCAGGAUAUUACAAAGUAAAUCAGCGAGCUGAUUCAACUGUUUUUUUCUUCGCUAUUGUUCCACAUCGUUCAGCUGACAAAUGUUGAUGAAUUUUUUCUGGGGUUGAAUUCUAAAGGCCUGUAUCUUAGUUCAGAAAAAGAAAAUUGUGUCUGGUCUUCACGUUCAUCAUAUCAUAAAACGUAAAAUUUGGCAGUUUCACGUCGUAGUCGUGCAAAAAAGUGUGAUACACGUGCGGAGUUGUUCAUUUGCUAAUCUAACCCUACAGUACAGGCGUCGAUGCAAAAGCUCUCUAACUUUGGUCUCGUUUGUUACACUGAGGGAGCUCGUCAAUUUGAAGUGCUUUAUUCACUAAGGAAUAAUUUCCUGAGAAGUCGGUUACACUGUGCCAGGAACCAAAUAAGCUCAAAUAUCAUUUACCGAAUACGAGCGAAGCAAAGACUUUUGACUGUCGACUAUUUUCAGUCUUUUGAAAACAAAGAUAUUCUUUUUUUUGCGACAAAAACUGGUAAUGAUUUGUUCUUUUUCUUAGAGUGAAUUUUUGAAUGGUAAUAGCAAGGCGUUUGGCUGUUUGGAACAGACCUAACUUUACAAGAUAAACUGCAUGUAGAGCUGAGAUGAUGAAUUUCUCUUCAAUAUAUUUUUUUGGCAGAUGGAGUGGAGUUCAAUAAUGACAAGCCUACUCGGAGUACCUUUAUCAAUCUUACCACGAAUAGUUGAUACAAGGUAAAUGAUGCAGUGAAACGUUUUAAAGUGUUUGAAAACUGGAACUGCAGUCCACACUAAUUUAUUCCGCUUGGACGAGACACUUUACCAUCGAAGCCGAUUAUUAAAAUUAUUAUUAAAAUGAAAAAAAAAAUCAUGUGUUUGACUACGCCGCAUGUAGCAUAUCUGGAAAUACUAGUUUAGACCCAGUUGCCUUCGUCCCCGACCUCGCCUGUCCAUUUUCAAUGAGGAGGACAUCUAGGGAUUGGGGUGUAUCUGGAGUGACUGCUGAGAUCGUGAAAGUAGUUGUUAAAUUUAAAAAAAUUGACUUUGUCGGGGUAACGUUGUUACUGGUAAUGCAGUAGUUUACACUGUGGCCCACAAAUACUGAAGGACAGAAACAAAUAAUAUUGAAAUGAACAUAACAGUUUGCUAUUUACAACUUUCUGACCGAGAAGUAGAACGAGAGACUACCGAGAACAAAUCCAGUAAGGCUUUGGGGGGAGAGAUAGAGAGAGAAUUUUAAUUCAGGCCCUCCGGAUUGCAAUUCCAGCGGUCUACACGCUUUUUUUUUGACAUAAAAAUGUUGUUUUUCCAGCCCAGGCUGAAAAUUCUUGUUCUUGAAUUCUUUUUCUUAAUUAUAAAUUAUAGCUCAUGGUAUUUCCGCUUUAGAAUUUAUUGAGUUUUCAAUUACCAGUGUUUUUGCCGUUUAGUGAAAGGAAUAUUUCUUUUACGGUUAAGAUAAAAACAUAAAUUGUUCUGUAUUUACAGAACUCACAGCCUCGGGUUUAUUCUUGAAAUAUUCUAAAAAUUUCGUAGAUUUCAGCGUCGAUAUUCGUAUAAAAUAUAUUCUUAUAGGAAAGAAAAAAAGAGUGCAACCGCUCAAGGCUGUAACUCUAUAUGUUGUUGAAGUAUCAUCCCUCCAGUAGAUCGUUUACAAAAAGGUUCUUUGUCUACUCUCCGAACAAACCUUACACACAUGUGGCGUCUCCUCCGGGAUUUGAACCUGGGCCUCAUAGCUGGCGGAGGAUGGGAUGGGAGGGCUAAGGGCUCCUCUAAUCCCUGCACUUGCCCUGAUACCCUCAAGUUACGGAAUCAUUUUAGGUUUCUGGGUCACUGACCACCUACCCCUGCCUUAAUUCGACAUUAACACUUACUUCUCACUUGGGGCAAAAUUGUGACUCAGGGGAGGGGUAGGUGGUCAGUUACCUGGAAACCUCAAAUGAUAGUCCAAAUUACGACUGACAAUGCUUUUAAGUUGCAAACAAAUUCGUCCAAAUUUAGGGUUAAUUCAUUCGAUAUUCGUUACCAAUGUGUCAUGAAAAAGCAGCGGAGGCUUUUGUAUGCAACGAACGGCGAGAACGAGCAAAGGAGUCAGAGUAAUUUAUUGAAAUUUCUAAUGUAGUUGUACUGUUUUAAUUCUCUUCUUUUCAUUUUUCCUCUCUUAGCGGAAGAAUCUGUGAAAGCCAUAAAGAUAUUUUUGGUGCACCAAUUCCUGUGAGGUCUUUGGUAAGCAGCGCUCAUUUUUUUUUCUUUGGUCAAUGGUCAAGAUUGUUUUAGAAACAAACGCCGAGUCUUUUAAAAAGUCUGGAUGGAUGAAGUACGUCGUAUUGUGAAUGUUAAAGACGUUUCUGUUUGCAUCAUGUUAAUGGUCUGUGCUUGUUACACAACGGUCUUAAAUUGUGUACAAUGGAAUAUGCCACCAGCACUUGUAUUUUCUUAGCAGUUUACAACAUUUUUUUAUCGUUUUUUAUACCAUGCCAUAGAAAACAAUUAGUGCGCCGGACAGACGUGCAGCUCACGAUGGGGUCAGAACGGCGCUGGCUAUAUUUUCUAUGGCAUGGUAUAAAUCCUUGUUCAGGACGCAGUCGUGGUUAAUUGUUGGAUUCGUUUGAACGUAUCAGAGUCGACAUUGCCCAACACUCGAGAGAAAGGAACUGGAGCCGAAAUGUGUCCCGCAAUUGUGCCUGGGAUCGUUACUGGGAACACGCCAGUCAGCUGUUGGCCAAGUUUUUUCCCUGUCCCAAGUAACAAUCCGAAAGUCAACUUGGCCCAGUUUACUUCUCAUUUCUAAAGUGGCAAAUUAUCCGAUAUUUUUGGGUGUUAGCCUGAUCCCCCAAAGGUGUGUCCAAGGUAUGCAGGAUCGCUACGAUCGCUUAACUUCGUUUCAACGAUUUUAUGGAAACCUAGUUAUCGUUUGUUUGUUUAUUUAUUUAUUUUUUGAUAUUCAACAGUAACUGGCUUACCUUUCCAUUUAAGGUCGCUGACCAACAAGCCGCUGUAUUUGGCCAGUGUUGUUUCGACGUUGGAGACGUGAAUUGUACCAUGGGGACUGGAUCGUUUAUAGAUAUAAAUACUGGUUCCUAUCCACACGCUUCUGUGGCAGGUAAUUCCAAACUCCGCAACCUGCUUUUCAUGGGACUGCAAUUACUUCGAUGACCGCCAUGGCCACAUGGCCUUUUUCAUUGACGUUAUGCGUUAAUUUAACUCAGAAACCUUCAGCUAUACAAGAUCUUUCAAACCUACAUGUAGAUAUUGAAUAACAAUUUUAAAAUCAAAGUAAGGGUGAAUAAAAAGGCUACCGUAUUCUCGUUAAUCUUCGCUUGUAUUAAGUUUCACGAAACCUUAAAAGCCGUUUUUCGUUAGACUGAGUAAAAGUCAACAUUUCGUGACGUCACCACUGGUUUCCCCACGAAAUGACGUCUGAGAAACGAGCACAGAAAUUCCAUACUGAUGACGUGUCACUACCCAGAUCUGGGUAGAAAUCAUAGCUUGCGAAGCUUGCGUAGAAAACGUGUCCGUUUGGUUUCGGAGCAGAGAAAGGCCGAGGAACGGGAUUUUCGGGUUUGGCCGCGCGCGAAAAAUGGAACGGGUGCCACACUCAUUUACUCGCCCCAUUUUUCGCGCCGUCUUUGACUCUCGUUCCUCGUUCUUUGCUCCGAAACCGCACGGAAACGCUUGCUACGCAGGCUAUAGAAAUGAUGGUUCGAGAGGGUUCCAUAAAAAGUCUGUAAAUGAAAAUUUUGAUCGCGUCAAAACAGGUCCUUUUCUUUUUCCCAGGUUUAUAUCCGCUGGUAGGAUGGAAGAUAGGAGGAGAAACAGUAUAUUUAGCAGAAGGAAACGCUGCAGGCUGUGGUACAGCCAUGGAAUGGGCCCGACAAAUGGGUAAAAACUUGAAUUUAAACAUCUAAAACUGAGGGAUACAGGAACAUUUUUCAUUUUUAUCAUUGCUCCACCAUUUUCACUUGAUGAAAAAAAUAGCUGACGUUUCUUCCAGCUCGAUUUUUGUGUUCUGUUUAGGGAAACAUGUUUCGAAUAACGUAACUACACGUCAAUCACACUUUUCGAUACAUUUCUUUGCUGUCUUUUGGACAUCUGCGACUUAUCUAAUGUGGAGGUCGUGAACACAAACGGCGAGGUUUCGUUUGGGAUGCCUCCCCUAAUAAACUAAGCGAGUUGAAAUGAUAACUUUGAAAGAAAAAAACUGAAACGGAUGCAGUUUUUAGAGACGUUUUAACCGCCGUGGUCGUCGCGACUGCUUGAAAACAAAUGCAUGGAGAAAUAAAAAAUGGGUUUACCUCGGUGUAAAUACCUGGGAAUUUUUUCUUUGUUUUCACCAUAUGUUUUGUUUGUUGUUCUCUUGCCAUGACGUCUUUGCUGUCUUUGUUUUAAGCCACCCGCGAGUUUUAGAGGUUCUUACAUGGAGUAUGAGGCUAGAAAAACGAAUACCCUAAUCGUGAUGUAAAUGGAACACGAGUUUUCGGGUCGUUCUAGUGGAACUUUUCCAGAGGCAACGGAACAUUUUCACGGAAUGAUACGAAAAUUUGUGUUCCAUUUCUUCAAAGCCAAUUUUGAUAACAGUUUCAAGGCUUUCACGGCCGUUUUCGUUAAAUGAAACUGUCUUGUGCAAUUUAGAUGGUAAACGCAAUUCUGGAACGAAACUUGUCAGUCCUGAAUUUUGGGCGCGGUUCGAAUUUUCCGCAACUUUCAGUAGCGAACGGAACAGCAUUUUCCAAAAUUUCAAAAACGAGGACAACUUCGCGCGAGGUAUACCAAAAUUUUUGAAAUUUUUUCCCGGAAGUUUUUUCCAUUAAACCUCGCUCCUGGAAUUUUUAGAAUUUUCGGUUGAAUGGUUCGCUUUCCGAAACUCAACAGUUUCCGGGAUUUCUGGAAACUUUUCUGAGAAAUUUCUGUAUCAUUUACCGUUGUUUCCAAGGGUAGAUUCAUUUGCAACAUACGCUUAUAGCGGUCGCAUUUUCUUGCUAGAACUGUUUAUUGUUUUUGAGCUCAAAACAAAAAAUUCCAGCAGGCAAAUGCGACCGCUAUACGUGUAUGUUGCAAAUGAAUCCACCCUAAAUUUUCGAAAGUUUUGGUUGAAUGGAAAGCGCCCUUUGCUAACCAUUUGCCCAAACCGUGAACCGACCGGUUUUUCCAUGUAAAUGGUAAACAACCGUGAAUUUCUUCAGUCAUUUUUACUACAGGUCUACAAAAAAUACAUGUACACCAAGUAGUUUCGUUAAGGUUUUCGAUAACCAAAUCGAGUGAAGUUAUUUGUGAUUAUUACAUUGAUUAACAUGAAUAAAAUUAUUAAGACGCAUCACACACCUUUCUGAAACCCGCUUGAAACAUUCUCCUCUUGAAUUCGAAGUAUAAGAGCAAAAGUCGAAAAACAGCUUCCACACAUUAACACACUGUGAGUCUUUUCCCUCUGCCUUAACCUCAGGACACUCCCUGCAUUUGAGAAGGGCGGAGCUUGAUGAACAAGACAAACAAGAGCUUCUAGUUUGACUCAAAGAGAAUUCAUCUUACCAGUUCUUCAUUCAGCUGCUUGGCGAACAACAACAAGCCAACAUGUUCAUUAUAUGGUCUCCUUUUUCACGUGCAAAUUCCACCGAGGCCUUUGGGAAUCAUGCCUGUAUGCAUUUGAAAUGAAGGAAAGUUGGUUCGCGGAAAAUGAUAAUGAGUGCAUAUUUUUUUUUCGGCUUAGAAAACCUUAUAGAUGUGAAUGCUUCCUAUUCCAGAAUAUUUCUGUGACUUUGGCUUUGUUCAUACCGAUGCCCUUUUAGUUCGAAGAGCUGUACUCAGUUUCUUCUCACCAAAAACACAUCGAAUGUUUCGCGCGCUUUCGUUCUUCUUAGCGCUCUCGACGUUCACACUUGAGCCACACGGGACCGCUCAAUACUUUAGCUCUGUUUACACGGAACUGUGAAUGGCUACGCGUCUCAAAUUUUCGUACGGCUGUUAAAAUGUCGCAAAACAAGUGCGUUCGCGAUAUUUUUUUAUUUUCAUGAUUCCAGUUCGCAUAAUUUGUUAAAUCUUGGCGAAUUAUUCUAGUGUUGACUUUUUCGAGAAGUGUCAAAAAGUGUGAUAGAUGUUGACUGUAUUUCUUUUAAAGUAUUUACGUUUUUCUUGUUUACGAUUUACUUAUUAUCCUCUUUAAGGUUUUUACGAUGAUGUGUCGCUGACAAGUGAUACGGCAUUCUCCGUAGACAGUAAGUCACAUUUUUUACAAAAAAAUAAAGGCUACUUUUAGACAAUGUUCAACGUUUGUUUUCUUUCAUAUCUUUAGGCUCAGAGGGUGUUUACUUCGUUCCAGCGUUUAAUGGAUUGCAGGUGAAGCUUUACUGUAAUGUAACCUCACUGAAAUAUCUCAUAUGUAUUUUAUCAGAAGCAUGGUGUUAUAUGCUUCUGAUUUUAUCUUUAUUGAGUACAAUAAGGGUGUCUCCUAGCUGUCAAUCUGGAAACACGUUCAAAAUUUUUCAAUGUUAAGAAUGUACAGUUUCCUAGAUGCAAUUAUUCUUAUCGGUUUUAUUUUGCAAGGAUUGCUCAUAUUGAGUAUUAAAUUUUGCACGCUGGUUAUUUUCGAGCAUCGUUGGCUGGCUGGGCCGGCGUUUAGCUGUAUAUGUUGUCCUUAAAGGCAAGAUUUCUAUUGCUGGUCCACUCUAAAGGAGGUUUUUUGCGUAUUCAUAAAUGUUUUCGGGUUUUGUACAUUUAAAGUAUUCAGAUUCGCGGACGUUUGUACACAUCGGAAAGUCCACGAACAUUUAUUUGGAUGAAAAGUAUUCACUUCAGAUUCCGGAAUCAAACUCUCCAAAACGAGUCUGGUACAAAAAUGUUCGGAUUCGUGACGAAAUCUCCUCUUUGUUAACCUAGCCUUUAAGGCGCAACCUGUGAGCAUGCUCUUUCCGUCUCCUUCGGCUUUCUGGCUCUUUCUUCGUCUUAUGUACUCCAAAAGAAAGCCUGUAUACAAGUUAUGUAAGGAGCCGUGGACUUUGCGCUGAAAAUGUUUGUUUGUUUUUUCAUUGCAGGCCCCCAUAAACGAUGACAAGGCUUGCGUAUCGCUGAUGGGCAUCAAAUCGACCACAAAAAGGGCGCAUAUCGUAAGAGCAAUUCUGGAAUCAAUAGCUUAUAGGUAAGCGUCAAUCUUUCUGAACCACACAGUCAAAUCUACGUGACUUGUUGGUGAGUUACUUACCUGAAGUGUUAACACCUCAAAACAGCAUGAGUCGCUUUGCUUAUGUGAUUUUGGGUUUGUAAAACUUUGUUGAUUUAUUGAAACAAAGUCUAUUAGACGCCGCCCAAGGUAACUGAAAAAACAAAAAAGAAAUCACCGAAAUCUAGUUAGAUCCUCAGUUAGUCCGCAAUGUAAGUAACAACGUGAUUACUGAACACGUGAUUACUGAACCUAGCUUAACUUCUUGGUUUACUUCCACAGGUUUACGCAAUUAUAUGAAACUGUGGUAGAGGAGACACAUAUUCCCCUCAUGUCGUCAAUCAAGUGAGUAUCUUAGAACACAGGAAAGAAAAAAAAACGACAUUAUUCGGAAAAAAGAAACAUUUUUUAAAGAAGGUUGUGCUGAAGAAAGGAGUGUUAGGGAACUUUCUUUCUUUCUUUCCGGACGGAAACGUCAGAACCACAUAACAGCAUAAAACACAGUACCACAGGAAAGUACCCCUCAGCAUCUUUCAGAUGAUAUACGUGUACUGAUUACAGGUAGCCAUUACGACCGUACACCUGAAGGAAGAUCACGAGGUUAUCCCUAUAGUAAGAUCUCACCUAACAGAGAAACCACCCAGCCGAGGAAAGGUCGGCCACAUCACCGGAGUCUACGUCCCCUACUCUUUUCGAACAGUCGGGUGGGUUCUUUUACAUCCCACAAGAACCAGAUGAGUGAAAGUGCUUUGAGACGGGCCCUACGGCUUUUCGUCCUUCUCAGAGAAGACUAGAAAGUCUAACCGUUUGCAGAUGUCAUUACAAAGACAGCACUUUCUUCUCAGUUAUUUAAAGAUCCUGAGUGUUGGUCCUUCCGGGGUUUGAACCCACGAUUUCCCGCUCAGCAGACCGGCGCUCUUCCAACUGAGCUAACCAGGCGGCGGUUAAAUGGUCAUCCCCAGACUCAACAGAUGAAUCCACCUUGUGCAGCAUAGUAAACGGGACCACAGGAAACUGCCACUCAGUAGCUUUCAUUUGAAUGGUUGACUCGCUCUUAAAGAUUUCGUCCACUGAUUCAAAAGUUAGAACCAUCUUGUACGCUAUAAUAAACAGUACCACAGAAAAGUACUGCUCUGCGACCCUCAUUUGAACGAUCACGUGCACUUCAGGUAGCACCUUACUUAUUUGCUAUUCAAUAGUUUUCACACAGAAUGUUGACGGAUGCUUUUAGUUUCAUCAGUAGUCUCAAAAAUUAAAUUUCCUUUUUUACACCAAAGGACAGUACAAAAGAGAAAGCUUUUUGGAUUUAAUCUACGUUCAUACAUGCUCACUUCAAAAAUUCAAACAUGCUCAACAUGUGUAACGAUCUUUUUUCCAGAGUCGGCGGUGGAAUUUCCAACAAUGACUUUGUCUUGGAGAUAAUGAGCAGUUUAACAUGUCAAACCAUUGAUCGCCCCUCACAGACUGACAUGUCAACACUUGGAGCUGCAUUCCUUGCAGGACUUGCCGCAGGUAUGAUCUAAUGCUCUGUUCACACUAUACUGGAAAGAUUUACGUGCUAACACAAAACGUUAUCCCGUAGUAUAGUAUGAACACCUAUUCGAUAUGUGACUCUUCACUUUAGAGGUCGGCGCGGCACAGCUUCGCUCCAUUAAAUAUAUUGCGCUGAAAUAACCGUUCUUUACAUGUGUGAACAGGAGCGCUAUCCGAUCUGGCAUGGUCUUCGCACCGGCGCAAAAGCUAUCCGGUAGUAUAGUAUGAAUACCCAUUCGAUAUGUGACUCUUCGCUUUCGAGAUCGGCGCGGCAUAGAUUUCCUUCCGGUGGUGUGGGACUAGUAGAUUUCCUUCCGGUUGUGCGAGACUAGUAGAUUUCCUUCCGGUUGUGCUGGACUAGUAGAUUUCCUUCCGGUUGUGCGGGACUAAUAGAUUUCCUUCCGGUUGUGCGGGCCUAGUAGAUUUCCUUCCGGUUUUGCAGGACUAGUAGAUUUGCUUGCUAGGCAACCACCUCCUCUAUAGCUCACAAUCAUUGAUAAAGACCAGCGAGAAGUGGCCUCGGGCAAGCAGAAUGUGAGAAUUGGAAUUCAAGUUUUUUUUCACCAGCACUGUUACUGUUGUCUUAGUUAACGUUAUCGUGCCCUUACAUUAAUUUGUUGUUUUUUUAUUCAGGAGUAUGGAAAUCACGCGAUGAAUUGAAAGCGAUCCGUUGUUCUCAGGCCCUGUUCCAACCCAAAACAUCCAUAAGGGAGCGAUUCUUGAAGACAUUUGACGAAUGGAAGGAAGCCUUAAACAGAAGUAAAAAUUGGUACAAGUGGGAGUAAUCACAGUCUGUAAGGUCUCUUUAAUUAAUAUUGCAUUGUGUAUAAUAAAUAAUGUCGUCGAGGGUUAGACUUCAGUUUUUCUAGAGCUGACACAUGAGAAAUCGAGUCGAAUAAUAUGAGAAGAGAAACUUUACUUCUUCAAGCAACCGUGUAUAAUUAUGUUUAUUGUAUAAACGAACCAAUGCAAUUUUUUGCAGAUUUCUUAGCAAGGGAAAACGCUUCUAUUCUUAUCAUCUAACACGGUCGUGACAUCAGCCGGCUGCAAACCAGCGAUUAGGGAGCAGCAGUUUUAAACAUUUUAAGAUACUGAUUUCUUCCGUCACUCCUACGCUGAAUACAAACUUGUUGAAGAAAGAUUUUUUCUUUUUUAUACUUAUUCGUGUCGAUCAUUCAACUUAGAGAGAUAACCUUGAUCUAUUGGAAAUAUUUUUAAGUCAGGACAUGCUUGCACCAUAGAGCAGUAAUUUUUGGAAUGUUGAUUUUUAGACUGUUUGUGUGAGAACACAAAAUUCCCCAAUAUUCUUAAACUUUACUCCAGUAUUAUCGAUAAACAUAUAUGAUUGUUUUCCGCAAACGAGAACACAAAAUCGCUCAAGAUCCUUAAACAGUAAAUCGCUGGUGUUAUCCGCUAAUAUUAAACACUUAAUGAAUGGUCCCAAGGGAAACAGUUAAUGUUAUUUCCCGAGAAUCUCAAUGUGCCGACGAAAAUAUUGAGAUUCGAGGGGAAAAAAUUGACUGUUUCCCGAGGGGCCAGUCUUUAAGUCAUUUGUUACAUAGCUGGAAAUUUUAAAGCUGAGAAUUCAUGAAACCUCGCUGUAACGGCGGUCGUUGGUCAACAUUCGCGGGUAACAGUGCACUGUUACCCUCUGACGUCAUAGAAUUUUGCAAGGUUCCCGUUCAGAGAUUUUGGCGGGAAACAGUUUCAUUGUUAGAUAUCACGUGACCUCGAAGUAAAAUAUGAGAGCGCGCGCUGUUGGGAAAAAUUUUGCAUCUAUAUGACAUAUAUGAUUGUUAUCCACAAACGAAUUGGGCGAAUAUACUUGGUUUUUGCUAAGAAGCACUUAUUAUCUGCAAACUGUAAUCAAGCACUGUUUGACGAUAUUCGCAAAAUGCUAGGCUGUGUAAAGAUAUUUUUAGCCAAAAAUUAGUUGAUGAAAACUCUAUAUUUAUAAUUAUACAUUGCAGACGUGAGUCGGUUUUAUCUGUACAAUAAAAUAAGCAUUUUGAUUGUUGAUGUAGAUAGUCCGUAGAGUAGCUAUCAAGAGACCUUCCACGGUUUUUUUCAACUUUUUACGUGUAUGACCAGUUUGGAAAAAUCCAUCGAAACCACUGGAAAAAGCGAGUUAAAAGUUUUAAAAUUGCCUCGUUUGAAGGUGAUACGUCUUAAGCGAGCGUUAAAGGCGUUCUUUCCGGUGGACACGACGGAUUUCCCCUUGGAAAGGUCUCUCGUUUGUCCCAAGUGAUUCGAUUUUGCUUUACUUUUGCUUUAUGGCGCUUGUGCGCUUGUGAUUGGUUAAUAACAGCUUACUUCAAUUUGUCUAGCUAUAGGUACAAAAACCUUCAUAUGUUGCAAAAAUCCCAGACGAUCGAAGAUUCACUUGUUUCCCGAUUGUGCCAGAUUCAGAUCGUUCUGAUAUCUCAGGAAGAUCAAACAGUCCGUCCAUGACGCCAUUUUGAUUUGUGAAGGGAAAGGUGGAGGAUUGGAACCGAGCAAAAACGAUAAUUCAUCCAUUUCCUACAUCCCGGAGAGUAAAAAUUUGAGUUUCCUUGAUGAUAUGUCGAGAGUGAUCGUCGAUUAUCGCUAAAAUCUGGGACACGUCGGAAAAAUAGAAACGCUCCCGAUUCUUCUAGUCUGUCCCCGGUUGUCUUGUCUACUAUAUCUGGGACGGUCGGAAAACAGUAAAAUCCUCGGUCGUCUGGGAUUUUUCCGGCACUUUAUUGGCAAAACCAGGCCUAAAACAAGACUUUCUUUGCUCUUCUGGGCGUGUUUCCCGCCCUUGGUGCUGCUGUAUCCAUUGGCUUCGGGUUUUGAUUUGCUCGUUUAAUUUCCUGCCUGUGUUGUGACUGGAGAAAGCAAUACAGUAGAAGCUCUCCUAACGGACACCCUCGUAAGCGGACAGUUCUACAUACGGACACCUUCACAACGCCCAUACAACCUUUGUGGUUUUACAUUCCCUUAAGCGGUCGGCUCCAGUAUCGGACACCUUUUUCGCACACGAGAGCUUCUACUCUAGUCUAUUUCGGCGUUCCCAAAACCCUCACUUCCAAAAUGAGGCUAAUUGCGAAUUCUGACAUAAUGGUGAAAAUGAGCUUAAUUUGCAUGAAAGCUUAAAACUAUUUUCAUAUCAAAAUGGCUUCGGUACCUAUGUAAUGUUGCGCUGUAGACCUUUGAAACUAGUGAUGAAACAAAGAAAAGCAUCUGAGCGUGUCGUGGCUUCGAAUUCUAAUUUAUCUACCUCGUGUGGUACCACCCAAUUCCCUGUACUAGCGCUAACGCUCAAUUCACCUCUUUAGAAGUGAGAAGGGAAAUGGGCCGAGUUGACUAUCGCAAAGACUUCUGGGAAUAUUUCUAGGGACAGGGGAAAAAAUUGGCCAAUAGCUGACCGGCGAAUCCCCAGUAAAGAUCUCAGAAGUCUUUGCGAAAGUUAACUCGACCCACUCCAUCAAUGACAUAGUACUUGUAAUAUAUACCCUCGUUUUCAAAAAGAGACUUGGGCAACUCGCUAAUAGCCUGUUAAUUUGAUUUUGAUCACUGAACUGUGGUUUGCGUUAUUUAUGAGCCUAAAAAGGUACAUGAAAUGGGACAUAUUUAUGUUAUUGAGGUACAUUCUCGGAGACUCGGGAGGAGUUGGUCGGGUCGACGGUAUUUUCGUGGUGUUUUAAUCGUGGUGCUAAGAGCUUUUACCCGUGCAAGCGACGUCGUCCCGACCGCCUGCCCCUGGGUCUACUGGGUCUUUUAGGAUAAUUGCAAUAUAAUUUUAGGUAGUUUUAACUAUAUAUAUAUAUAUAUCUGGUGAGAAUUAAAACAUGCUCUAUUUC